AUGGAUCUGAUCAACACUACAGAUUACUUGGUUGAUGACUCUGCAGUAGUAAGAAACAGCACUCACUUCACAGUUCCUGCCAUUAAAGUUGUCAUUGUCCUUCCUUUAUUCAUGACAUUUAUAAUUGGUGCCAUCACCAAUGGCCUCUAUCUGUGGGUGCUAAAAUUCAAAAUGAAAAAAUCGGUCAACACACUCUUAUUUUUUCAUCUGAUUCUCUCAUAUUUUAUUUCAACAUUGAUUUUGCCAUUUAUAGCCACGUCCUUUCUUCAGGACUAUCACUGGAUCUUCGGAAAUGCCUUGUGUAAGAUCUGCAACAGCACUUUGACUGUGGGGAUGUUCGCUUCGGUGCUGUUCCUCUCAGCCAUCAGUCUUGACCGUUAUCUUCUCACACUUCACCCAGUGUGGUGCCAACAGCACCGAACCUCUCGCUGGGCUUUCGGCAUCAUCCUGGCUGUAUGGAUCUCUGCUGUGGCCUCCAGUGUGCCCUAUUUGGUUUUCAGGGAGACAUAUCAUGACCAGCAAGGAAAAGUGAUCUGCAGAAAUAACUACGCUGUGUCUACUGACUGGGAAAGCAGAGAGCUGCAGACAUUAAGGCAAAGGAUCCAUGCCGCCUGUUUCAUCAGCCGCUUCAUACUGGCCUUCCUUCUGCCUUUCUUCUUCAUCAUCUUUUGUUACCAAAGAGUAGCUUGCAAGAUGAAAGAGAGGGGCCUCUUUAAAUCCAGCAAACCCUUCAAAGUCAUGAUGACUGCUGUUAUCUCUUUCUUUAUGUGUUGGAUGCCUUACCAUGUACACCAGGGCUUAAUUCUCACCAAGCAACAGCCACCACUUACAGAGUUGACUCUGACUCUUACAGUGGUGACCACUUCUUUCAAUGCUGUCUUUUCUCCCAUCCUUUAUCUAUUUAGUGGGGAGAACUUCAAAAAUGUUUUUAAGAAAUCGAUUCUUACUCUGUUUGAGUCAACAUUCACUGAGGAUACUUCUGCAGAAAGAACACAAAACCUACACUCAGGAGACAAAAUUUAAAUUCCGAAUUCUCCAGCAAACCUAGACUGUCAGUUACACCACCAGAUACAUGUCCUUGGCUAUUAUAUACUGUGUACCCUAUAUUAGAGAAACAUCAAUACUGUACUAGAGUUAUAUCUGUGGAUAUUAAAACAGCGGAGAGAAAACAAUAGGU